AUGACGAUCUUUCAAACUUCACCAUAUGGAACACCAUCGGCCACUAAUAUCUUCUGUGCGGACGCUUGGAGCGCAUUCUCCGUCUACCGCGAACUACCGGUUCCGACCACCACCAGCACGAGUUCAUCCGUGGACUCAACACUGUCAACGACUCAAUCCGAUCCACGAACAAGUUUACCUAUUCCCUCCCAAACCAGUCCCAGUGCCUCCCAGACCAACACCAGUGCUUCCCAGACCAGUACUUCAAGCCCUAGUCCACCAGAAUCGCACUCGAGUAAGGCUUGGAUAGCAGGUGUUGUUGUCGGAGUCAUUGCAGGCCUAGCCAUCAUUGUUGGCCUUUUCUUUUUCUUUCGGCGAAAGCAGAAAAAGAUGCAGCCUGAAAAGCCAGAAGAAGAGGUUUUCGUGACGAGUCUGCGAGAAUUCCAUGGUGCUCCUUCCGAGCUGGCUGCAACUAACGCUGAGACUCGCCAUGAGCUGGCUGCAACUCACGCCGAGACCCGCCAUGAGCUAAGCGCUUACUCGUCUAAGUGA